UUCCGCUUCCGGCCCCGUACGAACUCUCCCGCCAAGCGGGAAAGGGGCAGUCUUCGUGUGUGUUUGUGUGUGUUUCCUCGUUCAGUGCGGGUGCAGGUAAUAAGAUGGAGUUUUCAGGAGUAAAGCGGAGGAAACCGAGGCUGGUAGAUAACCAGAAGAACGCUUGCUACCCACAUAGCCUUCAGUUUUACUUGCAGCCCCCUUCUGAAAACAUAUCUUUGAUAGAGUUUGAAAACUUGGCUAUCGAUAGAGUUAAAUUGCUGAAGUCAGUGGAGAACCUGGGCGUGAGCCAUAUGAAGGGAACCGAGCAGUACCAGAGCAAGCUGGAAGCAGAGCUUCGGAAGCUCAAGUUUUCCUACAGAGAAAACAUGGAAGAUGAGUAUGAACCGCGAAGAAGAGAUCACAUUUCUCACUUUAUUUUGCGCCUAGCUUAUUGCCAGUCUGAAGAUCUUAGGCGCUGGUUCAUUCAACAAGAAAUGGAUCUCCUUCGAUUUCGAUUCAGUAUUUUACCCAAGGACAAAGUUCAGAGUUUCUUAAAGGAUAGCCAUUUGCAGUUUGAGGCUAUAAGUGAUGGAGAGAAGACUCUCCGAGAACAGGAUCUCAUCGCUUCAUCACCCAGCUUAAGCGGGGCUCAGCUGGACUUGGAGUCAGUUUAUAAGAUCCCUUUUGCGGAUGCCCUGGACUUGUUCCGAGGAAGGAAAGUCUAUUUGGAAAAUGGCUUUGCUUAUGUACCACUCAGGGACAUUGUGGCGAUCAUCCUGAAUGACUUUAGAACCAAACUGUCCAAGGCUUUGGCGUUAACAGCCAGGUCCUUGCCUGCUGUGCAGUCGGACGAGAGACUCCAGCCGCUGCUCAACCACCUCAGUCAUUCCUACACUGGUCAAGAUUACAGCACCCAGGGGAACGCCGGGAAGAUUUCUUUAGAUCAGAUCGAUUCACUUUCUACCAAAUCCUUCCCGCCUUGCAUGCGCCAGCUGCACAAAGCCCUGCGGGAGAAUCACCACCUUCGUCACGGGGGCCGCAUGCAGUACGGCCUCUUCCUGAAGGGCAUCGGCUUGACCUUGGAACAGGCUUUGCAGUUCUGGAAGCAAGAAUUUGUCAGAGGAAAGAUGGAUCCGGACAAGUUUGAUAAAGGCUACUCUUACAACAUCCGUCACAGCUUCGGGAAGGAAGGCAAGAGGACAGACUAUACACCUUACAGCUGCAUGAAGAUUAUCCUGACCAACCCCCCAGGCCAGGGGGACUACCACGGGUGCCCGUUCCGUCACAGCGACCCGGAGCUGCUGAGGCAGAAGCUGGAGUCGUACAGAGCCUCUCCCGCCGGGAUGGACCAGAUUUUGGAUUUAGUAAAAGGGACACAUUACCAGGUAGCCUGUCAGAAGUACUUCGAGAUGACACAUAAUGUGGACGAUUGUGGCUUUUCCUUGAGUCAUCCAAAUCAGUUCUUUUUUGAGAGCCAACGGAUUCUCAGUGGUGGUAAAGACCUCAAGAAAGAAUCCAGCCAGCCAGACACUCCCCAGCCCAAGCUGGGUGUCCAGAAAACCAAGGACGCGUCGUCUGCUCUGGCCUCACUGAACUCCUCUCUGGAGGUGGACGUAGAGGAGCUCGAGGAACUACUUCAGUGAACGAUGCUCGGGCCGUGGGCUUUUAUUUCCUGCUUUUGCGAUUUUGCCUUUUUCUGUCUGCCUUCUCCCUCCCCCCGACCCCACCUUAAUCCCCCCCGAGUGUGCCCCACUUCUCAGGAUAGCAGGCCUGCAGGGAAAAACAAGGACCUCCUCCCUGUUUUGCUUUGGCAAAAGAGAAGAAUUUGUUUUGAAAUUCAGCACUUGAUGGUGUCAAUUCAGUCCUGUUUUAGGAGCUAACAGCUUUCUAUGGUGACAGGUGGUUACAGUCCCCUAGAAACAGUGCCCCUGGGCACAGCUUUUAACCCUCAUCACUGGCAUUUUGACCCAGUCCUUCUCUGGACUAUCUCUGUUAAUAAAAUAAUGAAAUGUUUAA